AUGGCCACGGGCGAGCUGACCGAGCUGGAGACGGCCAUCGAGAAGAUCGUCACCAUCUUCUUCACCUACGCGGGGAAGGAGGGCAAGAAGGGCACGCUGACAGCUGGCGAGUUCAAGGAGCUGGUCCAGCUCGAGCUGCCCAACCUGAUGAAGGACGUCCCCUCCCUGGAGGAGAAGAUGAGCGAGCUGGAUGUGAACAACGACGAGGAGCUGAAAUUUGGCGAGUACUGGCGGCUGAUCGGGGAGCUGGCGAAGGCCAUGCGGCGGGAGAAAGCGGGGAAGAAGUGA